GUGGGCUCCCAGCACGUGAUCAGGAAGGCUAUAUUACAGAGUUUCUUGUCCCUGAGACUCCCUCCCUUUAUUCCACUCAUUCUUGAUUUUUCUUUCCAAGUCUCAUUUCGCCUGAAGUUUGGCGUGUAAUUCACCAUGUCAACGAACGGUCCGUCCAGCACCAACCCGCCACCUCUUAACGUGGACGAAACCAUGCGGCAGGCCGUUGAUCGGUUCCGCGCACGCAUGGCAGCAGCCAACCGACAGUUCAUCCAGGACCGCAUUGAUGAGAUCGACGCCCGCGGACUCGCAACUGAGAAAGAGAGAAUUCGUAUGAUUCAGAGGUGGCGCCAUUUCGAAGACUUAGACCAAGACGAACCAGCCAGUGACAACGACCCCGACGCACGCCACAUAAGCAACCGGUUCCGGCAGACGCGGGAGUUGGCAGCAGUUCCCGCGCUGCUGGCCGAGGACACCCACCCCCUGUUCGCCCUGGACGGGAUCCACCCGCCGCUGCUCUGCACGCCGGAAGCCCGCCAGAUCUUCCUCGACACGCUGCAGGAAGUGUUCCAACGGCAAGCGGAGGAGUGGGCGGCCGCCGAGGGCGAGGAUUUAGCCUCGGAGCCGAUCCCCCGCUGUGAGGAGCUGGGCCGGCUUUUGGCGUAUGCCCACGAGGUGAAAGACCCGGACUUUCGCCACUCGGGCAUCGCCCCCUUGGAGGCAGGGCUGUUCGUACAGCAGCGAUAUGGCACCCUCCCCUGUUUGGACACACAGGAGGAGCGGGACCAGUACCAUGCAUGUGUACGCCAGGAAUGUGUGUGGCUGCGGGAGCGACUGGAGGGGGAGUAUACGGACUUGAUCAACAAGGUCCAGAUUCCGGCCUCCCCAGAUGUGGAUCUGGAUGUCCGGGCGGGCGUGGUCAUGGGCACCGGCUACGUCGGGGAGUAUCCGAAAUGGUACAGUGCGUAUCUCUACUGCCGGAAGAGUCCAGAUGAGGAUAUGGAGGGGAUCCAUUACCAGGAUGAAGGUGUCCAGGACGCCCCCAAUAUCCGGGAGUGGGGUUGGCGUGUGGUCUUCAUGGAGGAGGAGGGCAUCUUGCAGCCACAGGUGCUCUAUGGACGGAAGCCGCGCUUUGACUCGAUCCCUGAGUUUCUGGACUGGUACGCGAGCUGGCCGGACUACUUGGAUGCCCGCGGGCUGCUCAGUCUCCGCCGGCAUCUGAAAGGAUGUGAGACUGAUUGCGAGUCCGACUGUGAGAUGCACAAACCGUAGUACUAGGAUUCUGGUCCUCUUGUGUGUGAGAGAGAACAACACCUUGAGUUGACAAAGUUGGCCCAUCGCUCGGUGCCGCUUGGGUGUUUCUUCUCGGAUCCUAAAUACUGAUAGGCUCAUUGCUCUAUGAAAAACUUGCUUUAAGAUUAAAGAACCUGCGAACGAAAGAGGACGAAUGUGGGCAAGGCCCGGGGUAGGGAUCUUUCACGACCCUAUUUUCUAUAUUCCC